AUGGAAUUUCGAAGGCAGUGGUUACUGGUUCUGUGCCUUUUCCACUGUCUAGCCCUAGCAGACUAUGUGCACAAAGGCUGUUAUGACACUCGAGGGUUAAAUUUAAGAUCUCAAAGUCAACAUGAUUGGCAAUCAUUAUCCAAUUGUCAACAACACUGUGGUGGCAGCCCACUAGUUGCGAUGAGAAAUGGUGGUGAGUGCUUUUGUGGAGAUUCUUUGGAUUUACUUUCAUCAGCUUCAUUGACACCAGGUCUUUGUAAUACCCAAUGUAACGGUUGGGCAUAUCAAAGUUGUGGUGGUAACAGUUCAGUGGAUGUGUAUGUCGAUGCAAGUCGGUCAUCUCAUUCACAUGGGUCUGCCUCAGUGAGUCAGGUUGCAUUAACAACUACAUUGACCAGUGGAUCUUCUAGUCAGGUUUCCAAUAUUAACAGUGGAAGCUCAGAUAGCUCAUUCGUUUCAAGUUCACUCGCUUCCUCUACAUCGGAGCCGAGUGCAAGUGGCUCAAGUCAGAGUAGUUCUUUUGCCACUAGCUAUCAUCAUGUUUCAAGCUCGUCUUUAUCUCCGGUAAAGGCCCGCGUUUCUAAUCCAACUGCGAGUCAAACUAUUCAAACCACUCCAGUAUCAAUUUCGGGCUCACCAAGUAUUUCAACUGGAUACGUGACAAGAGUUGUUUCCACUUUGAUUACGAGGGAUAAUAAGGAUGAAACUGUUCUCAGGACAACUACCGCCCUUGAAUUACCGUCAUCUUAUAGUAACAUUGAUAAAUCUACGAGUCCCAAGAAUGGCAAUUUAGGUGGUGGUGCGAUCGCAGGUAUUGUCGUUGGUGUGGUUUUGGGUGUAUUGGUUAUUCUAGCAGGUGCAGGCUUCUACUUGUGGAGACGUCACGUAUUAAACCAAGAACCGGACUUAGAAGAAACUAAACACUACCAGCCAUAUUCGUUUGGUGAUGCUGAUGCCAUGUCUAUUGAUUCACCAUCGAGAACUGGUUCCACUUGUCACAAAGGCUCAUCAGCUACACGUUCAUCAUCAUAUGGCUCAGUACCGACUGGCUUUCUAAGCGACAGCAUCAGUAAAGGUAGUUUAAACAGUCUACUUAUGACAGAAGAUACUGGUGUCAAUCACAUGAGGCAAAAUAUGCCCUCAACAGUGUUUGAAGAACCUCCAUCGGUAUACAAUGGGAGCCAAAGGUUCAGUACAGGUUCAUUGCCAGAUAUGAUGGAAGAAAGAAAUCUAACAGUAGCCAAUCCUGAUGGUGAAAACAAUCGCUACUCACAGCGUAAAUUUGACGAUGUCGACGAAGUUGAUGAAGAAAAUAUGUUUAGCGCUGGUAGUUCGGGUGGGUCCUACUAUGACCAAGAGCCGAAAUCAUAUUGA